GGCUUGGUGCAUUGGUUUGUCACAGCAGACCAAAAGAAACGUGCCAUCCCAGUGGCUGAGGGUAUCCUUAGUUCCCUGUUUAUCUAUAAGGCAGAAGUAUGCUUUGCUCUUUCCAACCCUGCUAAUGCACUUAGCUCUGGGGACCCAGGCAUGGGGCAGAGUCCACGAGUCAUUGAUCUUUUACAUCUCUUUGCAGAGCAUCAGGGAUAAUUAGCACAAAGUGUGUCAGUAAGGCGGUGUAAUUUAAACAUUGAAUUUGAACUGGGCUGAGAAACUUGAUCAUGAACAUAUGCUUUCACUUGUUUGCUUUCAGUAGGGCAUGGCUGGGUUUGAACCUACGCUUGAGUAGUGAAAAAGCUCAGUUGCCGUUCUGCUAAACUGAUCUGUACCCUUACGUUCUAAGCUGUGCUUUUUGCCCUUGUGAUCCAGUUAGCUUGUCCAAAUUAAUUGCUAGAAAGGAGCACCAACAGCACACCCUGACUUCUACCCCUCAUGCUUGACUUUGAGUUGCAGCAUUCACUUCAGUUGUCACUGAGCACAAAUUCCUUGGCCAUAUGUGGCCGUGGUGCAGCUCUGGUGCUUGGGCUUGUACGACCACAGGGACUAUGGGAUGAGACCCCCCCCACCUCGUUGACAAUAUCCUCCUGGGAGCAUGCAGAAUAGGGGUGUUGUGCUGUAGGACGGGAAGGGAGACCUGCUCACAGCAUGCCCCGGAAACGCGCGCCCUUUCUCUGCCUUGCCUGUGGAGCAGUGAGAUUACAGAGCUACCUUAAAUAAGCUCUAGCUAUGACUCUUAUCUUGGCCUUUGCAAACUAGCAGAAAGUUGAAGUGAUGACAGCAGAUAAGGGUGUCCGCUUUUGAAGCCUAUUGGCUGGUUCUCUGGAUUUUUUUUUCUCCCUUGAAAGCCAGUCAUUCAGAGGUACAGCUGGCACAGCACGAUCGUUCCAUCCUGCUGAGAGGCAGAGGGGACGAGGGGGGACGGGGUCUGGAAGGGCAGAUCCCCUCUCCACUCUGCUCAGCUGUGCCACUCGCCCGCAGAUGGGACCUGCGUGAUGUUGUCAGCCAAAUGUGGACUCGUGUUUUCCUUGACCUUCCUUCACCUUGGCGGAGAGCAAAACGGAUCUGGUUGUUAACUUCCCACCUCUUCGGCACUGGGACAGCGAGAAAAGUUCAACGUCUCUUGUGGUGGGAGUGAGGGAAGCGGGGACGGUUUGCAGUGGGUUUGUGUAUUAAGCUGUCGUAUCAAAGGCGAGCCGCAGGCUGACAAGAAAUGUAACCUGAGGAGAAAGGACACUGGUGCGUUCGAGCACGCUGAAGGAUUCUUGCAUGACCUGUCACUCUUUCAGUGCUGUAGCCUGAGCAGGUCUUACUGGUUUUUUACCGAGGUGGUGGGAGCUGAAUGGGGUGUGGGCUCGUUUCUAUUCGUCCACAGACAUCUCUACGAUCUUCUUUUAUCUUUUAUAAUUCCCCCCUGGAUAUAACACAGAGAAAUAGUGGCCAUCGAGUUUGUUGCCACCUGGGCUCAGCCCAGCUAAACCAAUUUUGGAGGAUACCUUUGCUGCAACCCUCGGGACGUGCUCCUAGGAGGAGGAGAAGAUAAAACAGUUUGGCAUCGUUGUUGGAGCUUGAGGAAAAACAUUGCUUUUGACACCAGAGCGAGUGGCCAGGAAGAUCCAUGUGACGUCCUGAUCUCCCCCAUUUGCCCUGCUGAGCAUGGGGUAGCAGUGACUGACCAUGGUGGUCACCCAGUUAGAACUGGAGCUGUGCUUUCAUGGCCGGAAACUGAGAGGUUUCACCUGCAAGCUAACCAGGUCAGCCAGUGGAUUUCUCCCAGAGACGUCGUUCUCCAUUGCCUCCCAGAUUUUCGUGCCCUUCCUUCUGGCUGGCUUGGGCAUGGUAGCUGCUGGUCUCUUGAUGGAUGUUGUCCAACACUGGGAGGUGUUUCGGACGAUUACAGAAGUUUUUAUCCUGGUUCCUGCCUUGGUUGGCCUGAAGGGUAAUCUCGAGAUGACACUGGCAUCCAGGCUCUCUACUGCUGCUAACACUGGACAGAUGGAUGAUGCUCAGAAGCAGUGGAAAAUGGCCACCUGCAAUUUAGCCCUUAUCCAGGUCCAGGCCACGGUGGUGGGACUCCUGGCUGCCGUUGCUGCUGUCAUCCUGGGAGCCAUCUCCAAGGGCUCUGUGGAGCUGAGCCAGGCAGCCGUGCUGUGUGCCAGCAGUGUGACCACGGCCUUCAUCGCUGCACUUUCUCUUGGUCUGGUGAUGAUUGGCGUGAUCAUCGGAGCCAGGAAAGUUGGGAUCAACCCAGACAACAUCGCCACACCCAUAGCAGCAAGCCUUGGAGACCUGAUAACCCUUUCCCUGCUGGCAGGAAUCAGCAGUACGCUCUUCAAAUACAUAGAUAUGAAAUACCUUUCACCUCUGAUCUGUGCUGUCUUCAUUAUCAUGAUCCCUCUCUGGGUUGCUAUUGCCAAGCAAAGUCCUUCCCUUGCUGAAGUUCUGAAGUCUGGAUGGCAGCCUGUCAUUGUUGCAAUGAGCAUCAGCAGCAUUGGUGGGCUCAUCUUGGACAAAACUGUAACUGACCCAAACUUUGAAGGCAUGGCAGUUUUCACACCUGUGAUUAAUGGUGUUGGAGGGAAUCUGGUCGCCAUCCAGGCCAGCCGCAUUUCCACAUUCCUACAUUUCUGGAGCAUGCCUGGAGUUUUGCCAUACAAGAUGAGGCAGAAUUGGCCCAAUCCAUGCACCACAUUCUUCUCAUCAGAGGUGAAUUCCAAGUCAGCUCGAGUCCUGUUCCUCCUGGUUGUCCCAGGGCACCUCGUGUUCCUCUACACCAUCCACCUGCUGCAAGGAGGCCACACAUCUCUGUCCUUCACCUUUGUGAUGUUUUAUCUGACUGCUGCUUUGCUGCAGGUGGGAAUCCUGCUCUACGUGGCCGACCUCAUUGUGCGCCUGAUGUGGAGGAAGGCGUUGGAUCCCGAUAAUUUCUCCAUCCCCUACCUCACUGCCCUGGGGGAUCUCCUGGGCACUGGAUUCCUUGCCGUCUGUUUCCGUCUGGUUUGGCUCAUUCACGGUGCAGACAUGAACCUGGGCAACUGAAGGACUGCGUGCUGCUCCACGUCACUGAUCCGACACGGCACAAUUCUCUGGGACAUUGGAGGCUGGGUUGGACCCCACCGCCCUGCCUCUCCUCCCCAUCGUGCCUUAAGCUGGGCUUGCCCGUCCGGAGGAGUCAGCACCCCCAGACUUUUGUACCAUUGCACGUGAGCAAGCUGGUUUUAAGCGGCACCCGCUGCUCACACCUGCACCCAGCCAGUGCAGCAUUAAGGAGAAUUUGGUGCCAUAUGGUGAUGAGCAUUUUGAUUGGCUUCAGUCCCCAGCACCAAAACAGCCUGCAAGGCCACUCUAAAGCCUGCUGAAUUGGCUGCAUCUGAUCCCGUGAGUCCAUGUCACAUCUCCGUCCAAAUCUCAUUCACAGUCCAAAUAGUUCAUUCACCCCUUUUCUCUCCCUGGAGGAGGAGAGCACCCUGGUCUUUAAACUUUUCCCUUCUCCAUCACUCAGACACAUGGGCUCUGAGCCCUGCUGGCUCCUGGUGGGAGGAUACAGAGACAGCUCCUACCUGCGCAGCACCAUUGCUGCUGUCUGACCAGCUGGAUUUAUUGUGUUUUGGGAGCAGGAGCUUUGGGUUUGUUUUUACGGUUUAUGAAAUGUCCAUUAGCUAAAAUGUUUAUAGAAACGCACACACACACGAAUAAAGUGGUUAAGAAAUGCCAUGCAGUGGAUUUAGGGCUGUUUUUACUUUGCUGUGGCUCUACCUCUUUCUAGUUCAGACUUUGCAGGUGGAACUUUCAGUAUCUAAAAGGAAGCUA